UUCCUCGCGACGCUUCCUCGUGCUCGCACCCAAGGCUGGUGGCGGCGGCGGCGGGCAGCGUCGCACGAAGCUCUGGUCCGUGAAGACUCGGCUCCUGUAGGGCGGGCGGCGGAAGACGCUGGGGCGCCGGAGCUGGGGGCGUGGGAAGGCAGGACGCUGGUCCAAAGGGCAGUGCCCAAGACCAAGUGGCGGCGAGCAGGCGUUGGUGGUUGGGUUCUCGACUGGGGCUGUGGGGAAUGCCUGGAAAUUUUAACAAUUAGAAACUUCUGCCUUAAGCCAUACCCUCAGGCCUUGGUACACCUAUAUUGUAGGGCUGUAAAGCUGUUAUCUUUCUACUAAAUUGAACUGAGAUAUGGAGGACGAAGAAAAUAUUGAGGAUGAACUGUUUCUUGUGGGGUCACAACUCCAGGACAUUCAAGGACAAAUUAGAACAUUACUUGAUCGCCAAGAGGAGUUGUAUGAGCGACAGUCACAGUUAAAGGCUUUGCUGGAAGUAUCUAAGAAAUCAAGAAACAAUUCAACUAAAGUUACUCUGGAAGAUUGGUCUGGGAGCUUCCCAUGGGAUUCUCAGGCUGAUGAUACCAGAUUCAAUGUAUUUGGCAUCACCUCCUACCGAUCAAAUCAACGAGAAAUAAUUAACGCAGUCAUGAGUCGAAAAGAUGUUCUGGUCAUAAUGGCUGCUGGUGGAGGGAAGAGCCUGUGUUACCAACUCCCAGCUGUACUUCAUAAUGGAAUUGCAUUGGUUGUCAGCCCUUUACUUUCUCUUAUCCAGGACCAGGUCAUGGGACUGGCAGCUUUAGGUAUAGCAGCAUACAUGCUGACUUCAACUACCAACAAGGAAGUUGAGAAGUUCAUCUAUAGGGCACUUGAUAAAGGUGAAGGAGAAUUGAAGAUAUUAUAUGUGACACCAGAAAAGAUAUCGAAAAGUAAAAGGUUCAUGUCUAAGCUUGAGAAAUGCCAUAAUGCUGGACGUCUUUCUGUCAUUGCAGUAGAUGAGGCACACUGCUGUAGUCAAUGGGGCCACGAUUUUCGUCCAGACUACAAGAAUCUUGGCAUUUUAAAGAUCCAAUUUCCUAGUGUUCCUAUGAUAGCUCUAACAGCAACUGCAACAAGUAAAGUUCAAACAGAUUUGAUAGAGAUGCUUCAUAUCCCAAGGUGUGUCAAGUUUGUUAGCACAGUUAACAGGCCCAACCUUUUUUAUAAGGUACAUGAAAAAUCACCGGUUGGAAAGGUUGUCAUUGAUGAGAUCGCAGAUUUUAUAAGUGAAUCAUACCCAAAUAAUGAAUCUGGAAUUGUAUAUUGCUUUUCAAGGAGGGAAUGCGAACAGGUUGCAAAAGAAUUGUGCGAUAGGGGUAUUUCGGCUGAGCAUUAUCAUGCGGAUAUGGAUAUUGUUGCUCGUGAGAAAAUUCACAUGCGUUGGAGCAAAGGGAAAUCACAAGUUAUCGUUGGAACAGUGGCAUUUGGAAUGGGAAUCAACAAACCAGAUGUUCGAUUUGUGAUUCAUCAUAGCCUUAGCAAGUCUAUGGAGACAUACUACCAGGAGAGUGGUCGGGCAGGGCGAGAUGGAUUACCUUCAGAAUGUGUUUUGUAUUAUCGGCCUGGCGAUGUUCCAAGGCAGAGUUCAAUGGUCUUCUACGAAAAUUGUGGCCUUCAAAAUCUAUAUGACAUUGUACGAUACUGUCAGUCUAAGAGGAGUUGUCGACGCGGUGCCAUCUUUCGACAUUUUGGAGAGGUUCUGCAGGACUGCAAUGAAUUCUUCGCAGGAAUGUGCGACAAUUGUGCUUCUAGUAUCGAGCUCAAGGAGAUAGAUGCCACCCACCAUACCAAAGUUGUAGUUUCAGUUCUACAUGACCUGCAACUUAAUGGACAAAGAGCUACACUGUUGCAGUUGGUGGAUAAGUUCAAGGCUAAGUGGAAAGGUUUAGGUCGUUCCAAUCAAGAUGUUGAUCUUAAAAGAGAAGAAAUUGAGCAGUUGAUAGUCCAGCUUAUACUCGACCAUGUUUUGAAAGAAGAAUUUCAGCAUACAGCAUAUUCAACCAACGCGUAUGUUACCUUAGGACCACUGUGGAAGCCAGCCUUGCAAGGGAACAGACCAGUGAAGCUUGAGAUUGCUGCUGUCCAGAGUUGUCAAGAUAAAGGAGGUGGUGGUAGAUCAUCCAGAGGUGCAAAGCGCAGCCGGAUGAGUGAUCUGGAAGCUAAACUUGAUGAACUGCGCAGGGAGCUGUCAUCAUCGUCCAGUAACGGGGGCAUAAGCAUUUUUCCCCAUGCAGUUCUCUCCUCUGAGCAGAUUUCGCUCCUGAGCUGCCAGAAGCCAACCACAGAGGCGGAGCUAGAGCAGGUCAUAGGGAAGGUGAAGACGGAGAAGUACGGCAGCAGGAUCAUUGAGCUGAUGCGAUCCCAUGUCAAGGAUGCAGGAACAGGAAAUGCAGUUGAUGCUAACAAGAGGCACAAGAACAAGAAGGAUAAGGAUGUUGUCUGUGUAGAGAGUAGCGACGAAGAAUAGCUAGCAAUGGUCUUGUCUCUAGUCUCUUGGAGGUUCUUGUUUCCUGCCACUGUACCAUACACAUAAUGCAGACAGAGUGGGAUAGACAAGGUUUUCUUCUGAGGAACAUACAGUGGGAUAACCUGAAUAGCUUGCCUCUAACAAACAUUAUCAGUGGAAAUGGAACAAAGCUGUGAAUCAUUAAUUAAAUUUACUUGCUUAUUACUUA